AUGUUCUCUUUAUAUUACAUCCUCGCCCUCUGCCUCUUCUCACUCUCGGUAAACGCGGAUAUUGUCUGUCCCGCAACCCCCCCAUCAGCGACCGCUUGUCCUGACUGCCAAAAUGCAAUUAGCUCUAUCUUUCCGGCAAACUAUUUCAAAGAGUUUGAUCCCAACAAUCUCCCGACUUUUGUCCACCCAUGCGACAUUUACAACUUGUGGUUUGUUGAACUCUUGCGACAUUGGAGCCCGGAGAAGAGUGCAUUCGACCCUGACGUUCCCCAAUUAGUCAAGGAUUCUAUCACGACUGCGUGCACGUUGUCAACAAACUGUACCGCAGAAUUCGCCCUCCCCGAGGCGAAAACUAUCGAAAAUGGAUGUGGUGAUUUGGUUGCGGCCAGCGGCAACGAUACCGGGGUAAAUGAUGCGAGAAUUGCAGAUGUAAUAUUGUAUGGCGGUGUUCCUCAAAGAGAUGUUUAUUGCACAAAUGAUACUAACGGAGACAGCUUUGGCUUUGACAUCCUCGGCUCCAUUUUAGAAGACGCAAAGACGAAAGCUACACCAGAUCAGAUAUACAUUCACGCGCCCAACCACCCCAUACUCGAGUAUUAUCUCGUAUCCAACACAACUCACGAGCCUACCGUCCAACAGCUGCCCGUUUCGGCGAUAUGCACGCCUGCUUAUGCCUUUAUGGUUACCACUUACACGAAAUUUGUGGCCGCGAAUCCUCCCGAUUCGCGAUUCACUUAUAUUACCGACAACUUGGCCAAGGCUACGGACAUAUUGAAAAGCAAUUGUCCGGAUUUGUUGACCCCAACUACUAAAGUCAAGAGGGAAAAGGUAGAGAGGUUCUCUAAGAAGAGAAUGCAGUGGUAA